GUACGCCAGUGAGUGACGAACGAAGCAGCACUGUUCCGCGAUUACUCAACGUUUCGCGACGUUCGCUCAUUCUCACACACGGAACUAUUAUAAUUUCACAAGUUUAUUUCAAUUACCGUGUUCUUGUGUAACAUAAAUAAACGAAACAAUAUACUAAUACUAAUUCUAAACAGUGUUGUAGUGGCAUUGUGUUGACAAAAGUGUUAAAACAACUUUAUGUUUGGUCAAUCAAAAUAGUGUCGUGAAUCAAGAUGAGUAACUUCACAAAGUUUAUCAAAACUACGCCGAUCACGGAUGAUUACGAAAUCUCCAACACUGUUCUUGGCCUUGGCAUCAACGGAAAGGUGGUGGAAUGCAAAGAAAAGACAACAGGAGCAAAACGUGCAUUGAAGGUUUUACACGACAACGCAAAAGCACGUCGAGAAGUUGAGCUGCAUUGGAGAGCAAAUGGCUGCAUUCAUAUUGUCCAGGUCAUCGAUGUAUAUGAAAACACUUACGGAGGCCGAGGAUGUCUCCUGGUUGUGAUGGAGUGCAUGGACGGAGGAGAGCUGUUCCAGAGGAUCCAGGAUAAUAGGGAAGGUGCCUUCACUGAAAGACAGGCUGCUGAGAUAAUGCACUCAAUAUGCGUCGCUGUCCGCCACUUACACGACUCGAACAUCGCUCACCGGGAUAUCAAACCUGAGAACUUGCUGUAUACUAGCACACAACCGAAUGCUGUGCUCAAGCUGACAGACUUCGGCUUCGCUAAGGAGACUCUGACACCAGCAGAUACGCUGCAGACUCCUUGCUAUACGCCUUAUUAUGUGGCACCUGAGGUCUUAGGCCCAGAGAAAUAUGACAAAUCCUGCGAUAUCUGGUCGCUAGGCGUCGUCAUGUAUAUUCUUCUGUGUGGAUUCCCUCCGUUUUACUCGAAUCACGGUCUCGCUAUAUCUCCUGGAAUGAAAAAGCGCAUCAGACUAGGACAAUACGACUUCCCGGAGCCUGAAUGGUCCAACGUGUCAUCUGAGGCCAAGAACCUGAUCCGCGGGAUGCUGUCCGUCGACCCUGCUAAGAGAUUAUCUAUACAACAAGUAAUGUCAAGCCCCUGGAUCCGCCAGUUCACCCAAGUUCCCCAGACACCACUCUACACUCACACCCUACUGCGGGAGAGUGGCGAGGUGUGGGCGGACGUGCAGGAUGAGAUGACUCGCUCGCUGGCCACCAUGCGGGUGGAUUACGAUCAGGUGACGGUCCAAAUCAAAGCGUUGGAACAGAGCAACAAUUCUCUUCUCAACAAACGAAGAAACAAAGUGGGCGCCUGAUACAGCAGUUUAGAAGACUUGCGCCGUUAAAAACGUACAAACGUACGAAAACGACGGUAGUGCAAAAACUUUUAUGUGAUACGAGUACUUUGAGUUCUACAUUUGAAUCCGUUUCGCAGUUUGGUGUCAGCGCCAUCUAGUUGGCUUAGUGAGCAACUUUUUGGUGAUUUCCGAUAAUGUGGUUUUUGAUAGAUUGUGCACGUUUUGAUUCUGAAAAAUAUCAAUGAAUAUUAAAUAUUGAAGAAUAUAUUGUAAAGUGUCACCGCGUCUUAUAUAUACAGUUGACAGGCUGUCAGUUUACUAGGCAUUAUAGCAUUUUUUGUACCGACUUAAAGCCAUUGUCAACUACACCAAAAACGGUUAGACCAUAGUUGAAUUUAUGCGUCAAACUGUAUGGCGGCUUAACUGUUUUUAAGUUAGGCAGGUACCAGAGAUGUGGGAAAUCCCUAUAUAGGUAUCCGUGCUCGGAAUUCAGAUGCGAACCGCCAUUAACUUUGGCGACAGCAUACUUAUGAACUGGUUUUGACACCCGAGUCGUGUCAAAAGUUAUCAAUAUUUUUGUAAACGAGCUUUUAAUGAAAUACAUUGAUUAUAAUAGAGAAAAGUGGGUAUCUCCCAUAACCUAUGGUUGACUUUCUAGGCGUAAUAUUUAUUUUGCAUGAUAUUUUUUGUAAGUACUUCACAAAUAUGUUAUUGGAAAUCACCAACUUGUAAAAUGCAUUGUAAAAGUAUUAACAUCAAAUAAAUGUUUAGAAUAAAAAUAAUGUAAUUUAGAAUAAUUUAGCAUAUAUUGGAAAAUUAUAUCAAGAAUUCAUUCUUCAAAUUAGAAAAAGAAAAUUUAUUUUUAUAUUCACAAAAUUCGAAAAGUCGGUUUACAUCAUUAUUUAUUGAGUACAAAAAUAAAUGUAUUUUCAUUAAUCAGUCUAUUUCUUUAGAAAGAAACUGGACACAAAAUUAUUUUUCUAAUAUUUUAGUAUACAAAUAUUUAAGCCUCAUCUUUCUUACACUCACAUAAUUAUAUAUUCCAUUUAAUUAAUUAAUCAACAACUACUAAAGUUUCAAAAAAAAAAGAGUAUUUCGUAAAUAAUGAUGCAAUCCGACUUUUUAAGAAUUCAAAAUAAAAUAAUCUAUUUUGUCUAUAUAGAUUAUAUUUUUUCAGACUACAUCAUUCAAUAUCACAAUUUUUAUUUCUAUUCUAGUUUUUAAGUAUUUAGAUUAAAUAAAUUUCGUAUUUAAGCUCAAUUUCCUUUUUUGGGGAGAUUAAUUUAUUCUUAAAGUCUGAUAAAUUUAUACUAAUUUGUUAGUAAAUUGAGUCAUUGAACAUCUUUGGCACUCGUUAAGUCUGACAACCAGUCUUAUUAAGGCGUAUCGGGUUGCCUAGGUAACUGGGUUGAGGAGAUCAGAUAGGCAGUCGCUCCUUGUAAAACACUGGUACAGAUACAAAAGUAUAUAUUUAUCAGACUUUAAGACAUUUCGUAGUUGUAAUCUAAUAAAUGAUUGUAUUAAUUGUCUCUCAAUUUGACAUCACAAGCUAUAUUAUGAAAUAGCUAUAGUAAAACAGUUUUUUUUUUUUUGGAAAAUAAUAUAAAAUGUCUUACCUCGAUAUACUCAAACGUUACUUAACUUCAAGUGCUACUUAAAAGCAUACAAAGAUGGAAUCAUCAGCACGAAUCUUGAGCGCUGACCUUCACCUGCGCAGUAGUGAUUUAUUAGCAAAGAUUCAAUCCCGAGUGACGGCUAUGACGCGAUGCGCUGCGGGCCAAUCACCGCUUUAGCCCGCCCCCGCGCCUCACUUCAUACCACAAAAGGGACACAAUAAAUUACUUUUGCGCAGGUGAAGGUCAGCGCUCAAGAUUCGUGCCGAUGAGUAUAGAAUUAUGUUUGAGCUGUCUUUAAUUUUAAGUGGCGUUUAUGUAUUCGGCUGUUUGAUAUUUAUUUAUUGGACAUUACAUUGGGAAAUAUAACCUUAUAAAAAUUAAAAUUCUAAAUCAUUUUUAGAACUUAACAGUUAUUAGAACUAAUACAGAAAUAAUAUGAGUUUAAACGCUUUUUCGGUAAAUUGGCUUGGCCGAUUGGUAUGAAAUUUGAUGUUUUAUGAGAUGCUAUACUUUAAAAUGUAAUAGUUACUUAAUACAGGUGCAAUCACGAGAAGUUAAGCUAUAUAUACAUAGAAGUCACACGAUCUCCUAUACAUUGUUGUAAAUAAUUAACAUGCUUUUUUUAAGCCAUAAAAAUACACUUAAUAUUUAUCAUGGAGAACAAAAUGACUAGCGGAGAUGUCAUAACGGAAAAUCUCCUAAGAAAGUAGCGCGACAACAUGCGGGUGCGAGGGGGACGAGGAACGUUACUAGCUCCAACCUUAUACGCCUUCCUUGGAACCUAUUCAUUUUGUGUAAUACCAAAAAUCGUUCACAGAUGUCUCAAUACGACCUCGAUGGCGCAAUGGUCACCAUGCCGGACUGCCGAACCUGAGGUCCCGGGUUCGAUUCCCGGUUCGGUCGACAUGUGUGUGAUGAGCAUGCUUGUUGGCCGUGGUCUGGGUGUUACAACAUGUAUUUAUCAAUAUGUAUAUAUGUAGCUAUAUGUAGUUUAUCAGUUGUGUUAGCACCCAUAACACAAGUUAAUUAAUAACUUACCAUGGGGCUAACCGACCGUGUGUGAAAAUGUGUCCAGACAUUAUUUAUUUAUUUAAAAGUCCCAAAAAAAAAAAAAAGAUGCUCGAGACAGAGAAAAAAGAUGCUCGAGAUGUCUCAAUAACCCGAACGCCUCAUUAAUUCAGUCGUAACUGCUAGUUUCAGUCAUGCCUACCUUACGUGUUUGACCUACAAGAAGGCGCUGACCUACCUGUGUUAUGGCAUCUCCGCUUUUUCCUUACUCCUUAUUAUAUUAACCCAUAACUCAGGAUUUUCUUCAAUUGAGCUGAGUAUACACUUGCGACAAAAAAAUCGCAAAGUCGCACGUUAAUGCCAGCCUUUAUUAUAUUAGACUUCACACGUUCACAAGUUGUGAUUAGAAUGUAAUUAGUUGUUAUAUUAAAUGUUACUUAAUUUGCUUAAUUGAUAGGACAUUAUUAAGAAUAACUAUUGGUAGAAAACUAUACUCUAUUCAAGUAGGUACUUAACUAAAGAUAAACAGUCUUGAUACUUUCGAAUUUUUAUUUAAGAACUCUUUAUAAAAAAACUAAAAAACACAACGCUAGUCAUGUAUUGUCAUCAGAACUCAGAGGGUGUGCAAAAUUUCAUCCUAAUCGAAGACCGGGAAGUGGGUCAAAUUAAGAUUCCAAGAUUUUCUUACAUACAUAGUUACAAGUGAAGCUAAUAUAAGCGUAUUACAAUUAAAGGGGUUUUUUUAACGACGUAAAAAAUCAUCAAAUGACCCUCCCGCUGUGGUUUAGCAGCGGUGAGGGAGUGUCAGACUCUUACCGACUAAAAACCGUCGUGUUCCGCUUAGGCCUUUUAUGCACCAGGGCCGCGGUAACACGCGCGAAGAACCCGCAGCCCCGUCAGGCCAAAUUGAAGGGGCUUAAAAUUAAUAUAUAAGAGUUUGAGUCUGAUUUUUUUUCUAUAUGUAUUUGUGUAAAAAAUCAUAUCAAGAUGGUUUACCUUUAGUUAAGUACCCAAAUGGAAUAUAGUUUGUUUUCUUGUCUUAAAUUGACUGUUUUUGCCAGUCGAUUUUGAAUAUUUUUCUCUAUAUAUCUAGUAAACAAAUGUGAGGUUUAAGUUAUAUUUUCGGGCUUGCAAUAUCUUUAAAGAAGUGAUAAAAUUUCAUUUUUGUAAAUUUGGCUCGUUUUUUUAUUAUUUACCGUAUCCAAAAUUUUCCUAAAGGUAAUCAUUCCACUUUUUUAAACUAUUAUUCCUCCAAAAUAUUUGUUUUAACCAACUUCCCAAAUAGGAGGAGCUUCUCAAUUCUGUUUUCUUUUUGUCAUCAAAGAAUAUGGCCUCCUGUCUAGAUAUGAUUUGGGAAAGACAAAAUGGAAUUUUGGUUAGACAAUCGCUGCGAUUAGUCGCAAAUUAUAAUAGUUGAACGUCAUACAAUUCUUAAUAUUGGUUUAUAAUAUGUUCUUAUGAUUAUUUUAAUUUGUUUGAUUCAAAAAUUAAAAUUCACCCACACGUUUUUUUUAUAGAAAACUUGUACAAAAUUGUCAAUUUUCUGUGCUAAAAAUUCACAUUUAGGUAUCUAUAAGUAAUAAUUGUAAAUUUCUGUGUGUUUAAAUUCUUCUAUAUACUGUCAAUUUCUUUGUACAUACAGCAUAUCAAGCUACUCCGAUCUGUGAAAAUCAAAAUCAUUAUUAAAUCAAUAUCAAGCUUUAGAAAUAAACUUGAUAAUCAAUUAAAGAAUUUUGGCAUAAUAUUGUAGUAACUUGAUAUGCUGACUGUGCCUAUAUUAAAAUUUGUGAAAUGCUGUCACAAACUAUUGAUAAAAAACGCUUUAGUGAUUAAAAAAAGAGUAAUAUGUAAUGUGAAAACAUUGAGUGACUAUGCUAAUAUGUAUUGUAAAAAAUAAAUAAGGCUGUACACCCUA